AUGUAUCUUCGACGCCCUCUUACAUCCAGAAGAUUUCACAAAGCUGUAAAGCGUUUGAUUUUCGCACUAACUGCAUGCUCGAUCUCGUCUAUUCUACUCUUCAGUAAAGUUUGGGGAAGACAUACUGUUGACGAAUCCUCCACGUCUCUGGGGACGAUCGGUGGCGCCGGCCAACAGGAUCCCGUCUCUGGGGACGAGGGUACUGUUGCAGCACGUGUAUCAAAGGCUCUAAAUGUUCACGUUUGGCGAAUGCCAUGCUGUUCAAACGUAACAUAUUUAAAAGAGUCACUGUUCUUUCCAAAAUAUCCUGAUCAGGAGAAGUUCAUCAACGACUUUCAGAUUGAAGACGACAGCGAGGACUACUGUCAGAAAAUAUUUGGAUAUUUACAUCCACAAAGCAAUGGUUUGUAUCGUUUUGCGAUCGUCUCUGACGACACUUCGGAGUUGUGGAUAAGUACAGACGAAAAUCCCGAUAAGAAACGGCUAGUUGCUCGUGUAUUUGGUGAAAAAGAAAUAGCUUGGUCGGGUAAGGACGAGUUAGACAAAUAUCCUGAACAGAGAACCAAAAAGCCACUCUAUCUUCAAGCUAAUAAGAAAUACUACGUCGAGGUUUUACACCAACAGGACAUAGGCAAAGGGUUCGUGCGUGUAUUUUGGACUACAUCUGACAAAGAUCAAGAUUUUACACUCAUCACUUCAGAAUACCUCUCGUCAUUUUUGCAGAAUACAACGCAUCUAACAAAGAAAAAAGUAGCACUGCACAAUGUGCUUUCGCAGCGAUAUCAGCAAGAGUUCGAACAAGAAUCCAAACGCAUCAGCAGCAAAUUUGUCAAGUUUUAUUCUCUGCCUUUCAUUUCGAAAGCUAAUUUUCUAACUUCCUGCGAUUACAAUAGUAGUUUUGUACCAAGAAAUAAAGUUCAACGCAAUGAAGGUGUGAAAAUGGUGUUUGAAUCCAGUGUUUUUCCACCAGACGAUACGCAGAUGUCAAACGGCCCAGUAGUGGAGUGGGGCAGUCCAAAUCGAGCCGCCGACAGCGAGGUAAUUCGGUCAGUCGUGGAUAACAUGGUUGCUGCACUUCGUCUCAGUUCCUCAGAGUAAGUUAAAUGAAAAUUUCUUUAAAUUUUUAAAGAUAUACCGUAUUUGCUGGGAUAAGCAUCCAUGCUCUAACGAGCGCCUUCACCCGAAUAAGCGCCCACCCCGUAUCCAAAAUAUCAAAAAAGCGCCCCUCUAGAAUAAGCCGGCCCUCUCCCUUCCCUUACCACUUUCUUAAGUGGUAGAGAUACAAGGAAAACCUUUUUCUAUCGCCACUUCAUUUAUAACUUGAAUGGCUUCAACCGUUCAACAUUAUAACAGGAGCCAUAACCGGGGUAGGAGACCGUAAGCGCGGGGUCUAUGCGGUUCUAUCGAAAGAGCCAUUUUUAGAACAAACUGCGCGACCCUUAACGGCACAAACUCGCGUGGGAACCCGCAUGUUUGCACGGCUAUCGUGUGGAAUUUCAGGAGAUGGGCGAUGGUUUUGCGCCUUUAUUUGAGUGCUCUGUGAACUUUCCAUUUGCUUCAUAUCUCGAUAGGAAAUGCAUGCACAGUGGAAGAAUGAGCCAAUAUCAUAUAAACAUUACUAGAAAUACGUCUAUCGCAAAAACCUCGCAAAGCUGUAAUGGACCAGCAGUGAGAAUAAAGGGAAACCAGUCAAAGGGGAAAAAUACAGUAGAAUCCCGACAACUCGAACUCCCCGUUAACUCGAACUAAUUCCAACUAACACUUGUCUACAAUACAGCAACACGUUUUAUCAUAACAAUGCCUAAUCAUAUUACCUUUUCUAACUAAAUCAGUUAAAUUUGCAAUGCGAAGACGAGAGUUUUUAUCCGUGGUUCGCCGGGUUGGAUUUUCCCCUGAGUAACGGUAACUUUCCAUCGCUUAAUUUUAAACCUCUUCAGGUAAAGUGUUUCGAAUCUAUCCUGAAAGGCUGUUAUUGGAGUCUUACCAACUGGAUCUGGCAAGUCGAUGCUAUUUCACGGCUGUACCGUUCUGGCCACGAUAAAGAAUAACUAAAAUUGCUCUUGUUUAAGCAAAUAAGCGCAAAUCCAACCCGGCAACUAAUGAGGUUCGCGUGGAAAACCGAAACCAUGGUCUUGCCCGAUCACAAAGUGGCAAUAACAAAACAGUCCAAACACUGUUAAGUUUAUAAAAGCUAUUAUCAGGAAGGAAAUACGCGCGCUCCAGUCAAAAGACUCAUAUUAUCUUUAAAAAAAACCCACUUAGCUGGGGUCUACUAAGUCACGAUGCAAUUCUCCUUAGUAAUGCAGCCUCAGUUCAAAUAAGCUGCACGUCAUUCUUAUAGUUUUGGACUUGUAAAUCACUAUCCGUGAUAAUUUAAUAUCCUUUUCCCGCUGUCACAGCGUUUUGGGCAUCCCCAUUCCCAAAUCCCUAGCGUUUUGGGCAUCCCCGGUGGGGGAUGCCCAAAACGCUGCAGUAAUAUGAGAAGGGGAUGCCCAAAACGCCAGGGAUUUGGGAAUGGGGAUGCCCAAAACGCGGGGAUGUCCAAAACGCUGUGACACCGCCUCACCUCCAAAGCGCGGGGAAAGCGCCCUGGGGACGAGGUUGCUCACUUAGGGAACUCUGUUGGCUUCGGGGAGGGGUAGGUUGGCCGUUUCCCGGAAACGUUUAAUGAUCCCCCCCCCCCCACAAAAAAAAAAAAAAAACACAACCAAAAAAACAUGGGGAACACAAAAACCCCAUGCAACACAAAAAAAAAACAAAAAAAAAGCCAAGCAAAAAAAUAAAAAAUACACCACGUAAAAACAAAAACACAAAACCCCCCCCCCCCCCACAAAAAAAAAAAAACAGUCUGCUAACACUGAUGGGGGAACUCCAGCACCCGAUGCACGAAAAGAGAUAAGCAAAAAGCCUUCAGUCCGAUAUUUUGAACUGACAGCGAAGCUAAAAGGCACAACGAAAAUGAACAAAAAUGUUUACUCAUUGCCCUUGCAUGUGUACACUAGGCCUUUUUAUGCCUGUACCGUGACGUUGUCGCACGACAGAAGACAGAUGAAGCAAAUUCAACGCUACGAUUAUCUCGUACCCAGAUCCCUUGUUGACGAAGCCGAAGGAGGUGUACCUGAUCGCCCGUCAGAAAUGUAACAGGCGAUGAAAGAGCGCAUGCUUGAAAUAAAUCCUCAAGAACAGGCCUCAGUUUUUCCAAUCCCCUGACAAUUUGUUCAUUGCAACAAUCACAGUGCUUGUCCUAAGACCAGGCAAAAGCAUGUUUUCCUUGACAAGUAUUCUGCGCUGAAGUAACAAUAAUUCUUACAUCGACGCUCGAUUGAUGAUCUCUAUGUUUAUAAAUUCUUCUAGUGUUUUUUUUUUCACCUUUUCUUUUUCUUUCAGGGACUACAUUUUGAAGAGAAUUCACAAAGUUCUACAAAAAUCGGAUCCUGCUUAUGGGGACCGAUAUUCAGUUGAUCUGGAACUUGGCCUGCCUCACACUGAGAAAUCAUAUCGCUUCUCGGAGCACGUGUAUCAAAAAAAGGGAACGAACAGUUUGUGUCUUCCCAAGGGAAUUGAGUGGAACAGAAACGCCACGGUAUACAUAAUACUCCCUGUCAAAGAUCAGGGAAGAUGGGUCUAUCAUUUCAUCAAUGAUCUCACGGUUGCCAGCUUAUUGACGGGUGAUACGAACUUCCACGUUAUUGUUGCUGAUUUUGAGAGUCAAGAUAUCGACUUGGCCAAAGCGUUCGAUACCGCCCUACUGAGAAGCAGGCACACUAUUAUUAACUUGAACGGUAAAUUUUACAAGACCCUGGCACUGAACAAAGCUGUAGAGCAAGUACCAAGUACGCGUGAUCUGUUGUUCUUGUUUGAUCUUCAUAUCGAUGUACCCGUUGACAUUCUGGACAGCGUGCGAAAGGUGAGUUGAUAGAUCCACGUCAUGUCCGCUAUAUUGUUGUCCCAAAACAAUAUAGAACGUAUUCACAUGACGUCACGGUGGCCAUAUUGGUGUUUGAAACAACGAAACGGCAGUCAUGUUGGUGUACCAAGAAAAUCCAGUGAGAGUUGAACUCUUUUCUUAUGUAAAUGUUUUCUUUUGUUCCAAUAAAUUUGCAUGGAGGCUGGCCACCUGAGUGAAUACGCUAUAUAACGGCGGCCAUGUUGGUGUUCCUGUGGGAGUUGAACUCUAUCUUGCGUAAACGCUUUCUUUUGUCCAAUAAAAUUGCAUAGCUGCUGGCCACGUGAGUGAAAACGCUCUGUACGUGUGUUGCUAUAGCAGGACACACUGACUUCUUCAGCGAAUAAUACUAAUACUACUCUAUUCACUUUUCUUAUAGUCAAUAGCGCUUUUGCCUUCAUUUAAUCAAAGGUUUAAAAGUCGACUUUCUGUUGCAUUUUAGAGUAAAAUGCUAUUAUUUCUGUUGGAAAAUAAGUUAUACCGAAAUUGCUUCCAACUACACCAUCUGAACUCUUGUUCCAUUUGAGAAACAAGAUCAAAUCUGUCUUUCUUUCAACAGAACACCAUAGAAGGAAGAAUCGCUUUCUUUCCCGUAGUGGGACGUCUUAAUUGUAACAGUACACAUAUUGAUCAUCAAGGCUUUUGGCAGAUGAACGGCUAUGGUCUUCUGGCUGUAUAUAAAUCGGACUGGAUACGUUUUGGCGGUAAGUUCAAAGUAAAUUUCACAGCUUAGGAACGUGAUGUACCUUUCAAAGACUCAAAGACUUUAGGAGAAUUGCAGAUUUUGAGCUACCAGACUAAAAAGUGUAUUUCUUUUUUUUACAAAAAGGCUUUAUGUAUCUAAGGGCCUUCAUGUUCAAAACGUAUUGGUUGUUAGUUAAAACACAGUUUGUUAAAAAUAAUCAGAAACGACAAUGGCCAUUCAUAACUCAUACAAACCAGAGUUCUACGCGGGCAAAGAUCUAGGAUUUGCUCGCACUAUAGUGGAUAGCUUUUGGCGCCGAGACGAAAGAUAUCAGGUGAACACCUAUCCAAUAUGUUACUCUCCACCUUAGAGAUCGGCGUAGCCUGUUCCAGGCUCCGAGAUAGUCGGGCUCGCGGAAUUGAGAAAUCGCGGCGAACAAGAAAAAAAAAAAAAAAACAGGAGGAAACUGGGGAGAGGAGGAGGCGGCUUCCUUUUCCUUUUCCUUUUUUUCCCGCCCCGCCCUCAUUUUCGUGCGCCCUACACUUUCGCGUCUUCCCCACUAUCUGAGAGCCUGGAACAAGCUAAGAUGGGCGAGGCGCACAUCGUCACAGAAAUCGCGCCAAGUACUUCCCGUUUGCUGCGCUAACAAACAAAGAAAUUUCACAACUAAUCAAGCAAGCUGUUUCCGAAAUACACGAAGAAGGUGACGAAGUUCGGUUUGGAAGUUUUAAUAGGUAAAGCUUUGUCUUUUUUACUUGAAUUUAUCGAUAAAACCGGUGAAAAAGUUUUUUGUUUACAAAAGCAAAUUAAGCUUAAGUCUUGCGUUACUUUAUUAAGUUGACUUGUUUAUAAAUAAGCUUAAAACUAAAUUUAAUAAUCUUUUUUACAGAAUGAUUUUAAAUACAAAAAGAAUUCACGACUCCUUUUGAAGAAAUUUUCCCGUAAGAGCUAAACAAAUGCCCUCAAAAGUUUUAUUUGUCGGCAAGAAAAAGCGACGACCGCGGCCGUUCGGUCAUUGUGCGCCAAAAUUGUAAUCGUUGGUAACAGUAAAUGAGUAAAAAAUCAUCAUUUUUGUGCUCAAUUAUCUCAUUAUUUUAGUGUAUACUAAAACAAUUAUUCACCUCAGUGUCGGUGGCAGUGUUCCUCUCGUCAAAACGAUUGCAAUUUUGUGAUCAAAUUUAACCGAAAAAUUAAAAAAAAGUAAAAUAACAGACAUGCUGUCAUCAACAGCUUUCAAAAUGUCAUUAUGAACCCUCAAAAGUGCGGUUUCAGUGUUGUGAUGACAUUUAUACUCUGAUUGAAAUUCUUCUAUUAAAUCUUCGCAACCAAAGGUGAUCGAUAAUUGAGCAGCAACUGCUCUCCCCGCGGCUAUGGAUUCGCUCCAUGUAAAGCCUGGUUCACACUUGCGACAUAACAUGACAUAACAACAUAGCGAUAUAAGACAUAAGAUGCUAUUGUCGCAAAUGUGAACAUCGACAUAAUGACAUUACUAUAGGUCCAGUAAAGAAAACAAAAUGGCGGAGGCGCUCCCCGUGGCGUUUGCCAUUGUGUUGUUUUUUCUAAUGAGAAGGCAAGAAAAAGUCUCCAAAACAAGGCAAUUGCACCAAGAAAAAGUUGGGUACGCCCAAUAUUUCAAGAGGAAGCAAGAAGAGCCAAUAGCCCGUACUAUAACCUCGUCAAAGAACUUGGGUUGGGUGAGAGGGAAUAUUAUUCGAGGUCAACUUGCCAACAUUCCGUAGGUGAACUGAGAUAUCUUAAGUUUGUGCAAUUUCAUCUUGCAAUCUUUAAACUCUUUAAGAGCUUUGUCAUAUAGAAUGGGAUAUCGACGAACAGCUUCGGAAAGUAGUUCGUUGAUAUCUGGAUGCAUAUGUUCAUUAACACAUUCAACCUCCCCUGCAGCCGCCAUCUUGCAAAUUGCGCUUGAACGAGGGAGACUAGGUUCAAUAUUUCUGAGGCGCUCUGAUUGGUUCUUUGUUAUGUCGUUAUGUCGAACGGUAUUGACACUUGUUUUUAGCUUGCAUAACCGAAACAUAAGGACAUAACGACACAAGAAAAUGAUCAGUUUUUUCCUUAUGUCGUUAUGUUGCUUUUAUGUAGUUAUAUCUACAUGUUCAGACCUACGACAUAACGACCCUCUUAUGUCGUUCGUUAUCUCGUUAUGUCGCAAGUGUGAACCAGGCUUAAGGGAAUUCGGAUUCUGGAAUCCCGAAAAUUUUUGCUUGUGGAAUCCUGUAUUGGAACAUUUGCUGCUGGAAUUCUAGGCUUUGGAAUCCAGAAUCUCACUAAGGAUUGAAAUCUAGAAUCCUUGUUCCACUGACAAAUACUGUAAUCCAGCACUUGGAAUCCGGAAUCUACGGCGUGGAAUCCAGAAUCUGAUACUGUCAUGGCUCCACUUUUUGAAACAACGGCUUUAUCUCGGCAGCUUAGAAUCUAUUGGCUACUUGGCCGCCUUGAGGCGACAAGUUAACUGUACGAGUUAUUAUAUAUCAGACAAACUUAAAGCAAUGGGCAUCCAUACGUACACCAAGCCGCAGCCUGGCCAGUACCUCACGCAUGCGCACAGCCAUAUCACGCAGGCAGUGGCAACCACCGACAGCUGUUUCCCCCCUAUUGAGGCUCAUUAGCAUGGCAUAGCCGUCGGGUCAAUAUGACUGCGCGCAUGCGUUAGGUACUGGCCGGGCCGUGGUUAGUGUAUGUAAGCCGCUUGCUUUAAGUUUGUCUUAUUAUGUAUCAGGCCUAGUUAAAGCCGACACCUUUGAAAUACAGACGAUGGAACCGUAUUUCUCCCACAAACAACCGAUACCGGGAUGUAUGUUGGGGAUUAUAUCUCUUGUCAUUGUGUAAAAUCAUUGUUAAGAACAAUUCGUAACUUUUAACUGCUUAAUUUUAAAGGAAUGAAUGCCGAGGAAUUCAGGUACAAAUGGGGUGGAGAAGACUGGGACCUACUGGACCGCGUCCUGAAUGCUCAGUUGGAAGUUGAACGGAUUAAGUACCCAGGUCUCUAUCAUCAUUAUCACAGCAAACGGAAAAUGUGGAGUUAUUAA